AUGGCCCUUGAAUAUUUGGUGUAUGAUAUUUUCCGGGACGGACCGGAGUUAACUGCACACCCAGCAGAUCGACGUGCACUCCGAGAUGUCGACAAUCCCUUCGAAUUGGCACCUUCGGAGUACCGGAAACCUUUCCGGCUAAGUCCCGACGUGGCCAAUGACGUAGUUGUGCAGCUGGAUAACAAAUUAAAAGGAUCCAGGAUAACUGCUAAACCUAGUGAAAAACAGAUUGAGCGCCAAGCCGCCAAAGAAAUAUUUGCACGUGCACCUUCUCCAUUUGUUGGGGGCACCAUAGGGGCAAUCAGUUGCACCCAUGUGCCGAUUUUAGGCCCCAAACAUCAUGAGGAGGCUUACGUCAACCAUCAUGGCUACCACUCAAUAAACGUGCAAAUGAUAUGUGAUCCCAAUUUGAAAAUUUUGAACGUGAAUGCCAGGUUUCCGGGGGCUCGGCACGACUCAUACAUUUGGAGCUCGUGUGCAAUAAGAAGAGUAAUGCGGCGAUCUUUUGAAAAUGGCAAUCACAUGUUUUUGAUCGGUGAUUCUGGAAACCCAUUGGAGCCGUGGCUUAUGACGCCAUUACCAAACCAACCAGAGGCGACACCUAAAUUUCGGUAUAAUGAGGCGCUCUGCAAGGCUCGCAAUCCAGUUGAGAGACUUUUUGGCGUCCUUAAAGGAACAUGGCGAUGUUUAUCGCAACAAAGAGUGCUCUUUUACGAUCCCAAAUUUGCUGGUAAAGUUGUUAACGCGUGCACAGUGUUGCACAACAUGCGUUUGGGUGUGCAAACAUCUGAGCUCGACAGUGUCAUUCCAGCAACCUCAACAGAUAAUUAUCCUGUCAAUACAAAUGCACCAUCUUAG